AGGCGAAGCCCACCUGACUCCUAUCUGCCGGGUGGAGGCCUCCUGACUCCUAUCUGCCGGGGCGAAGCCCACCUGACUCCUAUCUGCCGGGGGGGUGGAGCCCAGAACCCUGGUCCUGACUCUAUGAAAAGGCCCGCACACACCUGUGCAAUCAGUAUCCUGGCCAUUCCCAAAACCUGGUCCAGGAUUGGAGAUUUCAUCCCUCCCAAAUCGCUUCGAAAUCUCCAGAUCCCAAAAUGGACCUUAACAAAAGGAGGAAAGUGAAAAGCCACUUUCCUCCGUAUCAAACACUUACCCUGGAGCCCCUCAACCUGCCUUGUUGAGAAUCCAGGGUGACAGAUCGCCACACUGUCACA